CAGGGGUGGUGGGUUGGCAGGUAGAUGGUGGAGUCACUGGGGCAGUCCUGCACCAUGGCAGGGCAGCUGGCAGAGGGUGGAGUCACCUGGGCACUUCCUGUUGGCUGAUCAAGUGUGAGGAAGAGGAAGGGCUGCCUGUGGUCUAGUCAGGUGGGACCUCUGGUUAACAUUAUGUGGAUCUGUCACUCCAUGUGUGCCACCCACCUCAGUGGUCAGGGGUGGCAAGCCACCCUCUCUAUGGGUCCCAGCUCCCUCCCCGCUCUGUGGACACCAGGAUCCUUGGAACUCUCGCCCUCCUUCCUAUAACCUUCCUCUCUAGGUUCGGUUCAUGUCCUGCUCAUCCCGCUUCACUCUGGAUAUUUCAACGCAGGUUCUCUAUCUCCUGUUGGGAAUUUUGUAAAGAUGCCUUUCUGUAUGCCUUACCCGGAAUCGCUGUUGGCUUUGCCUCAAGAUGGCCAUGCUGGGUCGGGUUGGAUGGCAGUCCUUUCAUUUGAUUCUCAGGGUUCCAGGGUUAUUAUCGGUAUUUGUUUAAUUUGGUAUCUCAGGUCUUUGUUGUAGAAGGAUGCAAAAUUGUGUCUGACUAAGCUGCCAUCUUGGCUCCUUCUCCUCAAUGGCAGAUUUUUAGAAAGUAGAUCACCAGGCCUUUCUUCCAAGGUGAACUCAAACCUCCAACUUUCUGGAUUUCAGCUGAAUGCCUUAACCAUUUGCAUGAUACCAACUCAGUAAAUACUUGGUGAAGGAUUGAGUAUACAUCCACGUGCCAACCUCUGAGCUCUUUCUUUACUCUGCUUCCCUGAUGGGCCAGCUUCCCAUAAUUUCCUAACCUGCUUCCUGAGAGCCUGUCAUUCUAUUAACCAUAUGUUCAAGAAAUGCCAAAUACUUAGCAAGUUCAUUUUUUCAUUCUUCAUAAACAAAUAUAAUAAUGAAGAAAUACAGUAGCAAAAAAAUGUAGAUUAUAAUUGAUCUCAGCUAAGUAGAGUUCUUUGCAGAGUGUUGUGAUUCAUUCACACUUCUAUUUUCCUUUCUUUUAGUGGGAAUUUUUUGAGAUUAAUUUCUUACUAGGUCUCUGAAUCUUUAAUAAACCAGACAAUGAUAAGUCCAGAAUAUCACUCCUGUAAACAACUCAAAGCAGGAGCUCUGUAGAGUGUGUGAAGUUUAGCAUCAGAAAUAAUGUCAGCAGUAUUUCUUAGAGGGUUUCAUUUGGUUGAACAAGCAAUUGCAAGUUGGUUUUGUUUACCUACUGUACUAGUGCAGGACUUUGAGUGUUUUUAUGCUCACUACUAAGUUUAUAUAGGUUUCGAGUCCCAGCACAGACCUUUCAACCCUGGAACAUCUAGGCUUAAAGCUCUUACUGGUAGCUCCAGAUGCAGGCUCUUGUUUCCCUCAGUCCUUAAGUUUCUGGCUUCCACGUCCGGUGUGACCCCCACCCCCAUACCUGCGUGUCUUUGAGCCUGUAAGAGAGGGAAGUUUGAAGAUCCUAAGUACUGUAUCUGCAGAAGCUGUAAGACUUGAGGCAAUGCAUUUUAAGCGAUAUGUUAGUGAUAUGAGUCAUCCCCCCACCCCCAUUUUUAUUUAACCAGAAAUCAGUGUCCAGUAGAAUGUCUUGCAUAUACCAAAAACCAAAACCAAACCCAGUGCUGUUGAGUCGAUUCCGACUCAUAGCGACCCUAUAGGACAGAGUACAACUGCCCUAUAGAGUUUCCAAGGAGCACCUGGCAGAUUCAAACUGCUGACCCUUUAGUAGCUGUAGCGCUUAACCACUACACCACCAGGGUUUCUGUCUUGUAUGUAAUAGAUCAAAAAUACUGGAUUAUUGAUCUUCCAUAGUCCUGUAGUCCAUUGUGAUAAGCUUGCUGAUGAUAUCUCCUGUAUUUUUUUAGCAUAUGAAAUACUUUGUAUCUCUUAACACAUUUAAUGUAGUAUUCCAUUGUUUUUGUUUUGAUGGUUAUUUGUGAGUAGGGUCUUGGUUUUAUUUCCCUAAUAAACUCGUUUAUUAAAUUUGCGCAUUGGUUCUCUCAAGUGAAGGAAAAUUGCUAAUGGCUUUCUUAGGUUUAAGCUUUCUCUCAGUUUUUUUUUUAACUUUUGUCACCAGCUUUAAUUUUUGUAUAUUACACUAGUAUCCGAUUUAGCAAAAUACUCAUGCAUUUAAUAAUUUUAAGCUUCAUCUUGUUUCAUGAUAUUCCACAAAAGAGCACCAUGGUGACCAGUUGCUGCAGUAUUUGUGCAAGUUUGAGAUUUAUUUGUUGGUAUGCUGCAGCAACGCUCUAUCGUUUUGUUUGCCCCAGAGCCGAUGCUCUUAAGUCUUAAGGAAACUGAAUCCCUACUUAGUAAAGAGAACUGAGUUAGGCAGUACUGUAAUUGUGUGUUUUGGUUGCAACCUUAGAUUAGUAACUUUAAAUCACCUUGGUGCACGUGAAGCCACAGUAGGUUUAAAGUACUGCACUUGUAUUUUGGAGUUUAGAGGACUACAGAAUGAAUGUGGAUUUCUUUCUUUUUUUUUUUUUAUAAACUACUUGUAGUUGUUUGAUUCUUUUGUAUAUGGCCUAAUCCCUUUAAAGUACUCAUUAUUACUACGUAUAAAAGAUAAGUGCCUGCUUAUAAAGGUACUUCAGAGACCCAGAAAAUAAGAGAUUUGAAUUCUUGUUCUACCUCUGCCACUAGAGAGCUGUUACUUUGUGCAGGUUACUUAUACAGUCUGGCCUCUGAUCCUUCAUCUGUUGGCAGUCUCUUUCUACUCUAGAUUCCUUAGAGAAUGGUGAUAAUUGAGUUCUGAUACUAACUCAUUUAGCUUUCUUCAGUUUCUUAAGCUCUUGGGACUUACGUUGCGAGAAGGGAUCAUGUUACAGAUCUACCUUAUAGAAUGACUUGACAUGUGUGAUAGCCAUGUGGUCAACACUUGACGAAUCUGCUGCAUGUUUUAAUAACGGGUCACCUUCUUCUUCCUGUAUAAUGUUUCUUCCUAGCCUGUUUUUCUUUCCUCUGCUCUCUAGCCAGUAUGGGCUUAAAGGAUGCCAACUAAUUUAAUGUUGGCCAAAGUAAAAUGGAAAUCUGUGACACAGCCAUUAUCUGGUCCAUUAAAAAAUCAUACCAGAAUUAUGUUAUCUGCUGGUUUUUUUAGGUAGGACAACUAGUUUGUUUAUCUGCACAGAAACUCAUAGGUUCACUGCCUUGUGCUACGUAGAACAUAAAACAAAAACAAACAAAAAAGCCCAUUGACAUCAAGUCAAUUCCGACUCAUAACAACCCCAUAGGACAGAGUAGAACUGCCCCAUAGGGUUUCCAACGAGCAGCUCUUGGAUUCGAACUGCAGAUCUUUUGGUUAGUAGCCAAGCUCUUAAUUUUUGCUUCAUAAAUUGAAUAACUCAGGAGGUGAUUAAUUAUUGUGUAUAGGGCUCAACACUUUAAAAAGAAUUUCCACAAAUAUCUUCUUUACGUAUUCAAAUCUGUUAGGACAUUGAAAGUUCUUGUUUAGAAAACCAGUUUAUCUGUUUUAAUUUGUCUAACGCUUGUUUAAACUGUAUUACCUUACUAAUUUGUUUAAAUUUUUUGAAGUAAUUAUAAACUCAGAGAAAGUUGCAAAAAUAGUAGAGUCCCAUUUACUAUCGUUCACCCAGCUUUCCCCAGUGGUAACAUCUUACAUAUAUCAUUAAAAUAACUGAUUUAUAUUUUAUUACUAAAAGCAUAAUGAUUCUGUUUGAGAAUGUUCAUAUUUUUGUUCAGCUAAAAGAAUGUCGAUAUUUUUAUUUAGCUAAGAAUGGUAAUAAUUUUUCCUCAGAGGGUGUAGAAGUUUUUUUUUAAUUUUUUUUUAUAGAAGUUAGCAUGUUUAAUUUCAGUUCCUACCCUUGUUUCCUUAGGCAGCAGACAAGGGUAUGUUUCCUUUCUGCUUUUCUUACAACUAGGCAAAUGGCUCAUUAUUUUUCUCUGGGUAGGUCAGUCACAGUCCAGGAUAUAGUCAUGUAAAAUUUUAAUUAAUGUGACAUUCUUCUUAAUUUCUCUUUGCUGGACAUCUUUGUUUAAUCACUAGUACAUUUGCUUCCUGGGAUCUUUCAUUCUUAACAUAUGUAACAAUAUGAAGAAGGGAAUAUUGAGCAGUUAGUCAAGGACUGUUUGGCAAUUACCUGCCAUCACUGUGCAGAAUACGGAGGAGAUUUUGGAAAAGUAGAAGGGGCGUUUAUAGUGUAGUUGGAUAAACAGAGCAUUGUUAUGUACUGUAUAAGGUAUUUUUAGCAAAGUUUAAUCUCUCUAAGUACAUGGACACAAACAAGUAAUUGGUCUGCAAUAAACAUUUGUUGAGUUAAUGAAUGUCCUUAGAUAAGGAGCAUGUUGUUAGAAACUUAUGUAAGUUAAGAGAUUAAAUGUUUACUGUCACCCUCAGGAAUCUUAAAACAGUUCCUAUCUAGCGAUAGAAUGAUAAUACAUGUUUUAUGUAUGUCUUUAUUCUCUUUACCGUAAAAAUCCCUCGGUAACCAUAAUCAGAUUACCUUGAUUAAAGUCUCGGUCUCUUUGACUCUAAGCAUGAGCACUUUCGCCAUGACACUGCUGAUUAAAACACAGUAUUAGACAACUUAGAUCAUCAAUGCUGUAGUUAAGUAAAAAAGUAUGAAAUAAAAAUAAACCAUUAGUUAUUUUUAGACUAAUCAUUGUGUAUUGAGCUGAUUUGAUCCACUUUCUGUGACUAAAUUAUAUCAAAGGGACUAAAUUUGCUGCUGGGGAGCCCAGUUCUUCUUUUCUAAAAUGAUAACAAUGUAAAUAUCAAAUUAUAAUGUAUAUUAUUAAUUGUUGUUAGGUGCCGUCGAAUCUGUUCCAACUCAUAGCAACCCUAUGCACAACAGAACGAAACACUGCCUGGUCCUGCAACAUCCUCACAAUUGUUGCUAUGCUUGAGUUCAUUGUUGCAGCCACCGUGUCAGUCCAUCUCAUUGAGGGUCUUCCUCUUUCUGCGGGCCCUCCACUUUACCAAGUAUGAUGUCCUUCUCCAGGAACUGGUCCCUCCUGAUAACACGUCCAAAGUAUGUGAGAUGUGGUCUUGCCAUCCUUGCUUCCAAGAAACAUUCUGGUUGUACUUCUUCCAAGACGGUUUAUUAGUUCUUCUGGCAGUCCAUGGUAUGUACAACAUUGAUCACCAACACCACAAUUCAAAGGUGUCAGUACGUUUUCGGUUUUCCGUAUUCAUUGUCCAGCUUUCGCAUGCACUUGAGGUGAUUGAAAACACCAUGGCUUGGGUCAGGUGCACCUUAGUCCUCAAGGUGACAGCUUUGCUUUUCAGCACUUUAAAGAGGUCUUUUGCAGUCGAUUUGCCCAGUGCGUGUUUUGAUUUCUUGACUGCUGCUUCCGUGGGUGUUGAUUGUGGAUCCAAGUAAAAUGAAAUCCUUGGCAAUUUCAGUCUUUUCCCCUUUUAUCAUGAUGUUGCUUAUUGGUCCAGUUGUGAGGAUUUUUGUUUUCUUUAUGUUGAGGGAUAGACCGUAUCGAAGGCUGUGGUCUUUAAUCUUCAUCAGUAAGUGCUUCAAUUCCUCAUCACUUUCAGUAAGCAAGGUUGUGUCAUCUGCAUAAUGCAGGUUGUUAUAUUAGUGUUCCUUCAGUCCUGAUGCCCCGUUCUUCUUCAUAUAGUUCAGCUUCUAGGAUUAUUUGCUCAGCAUACAGAUUAAGUAGGUAUGGUGAAAGGAUACAACCCUGACUCAUACCUUUCCUGACUUUAAACCAUGUGGUAUCCCCUUGUUCUGUUUGGAUGACUGUCUGUUGAUCCAUAUACAGAUUCCUCAUGAGCACAAUUAAGUGUUCCAGAAUUCUUAUUCUCUGCAGUGUUAUCCAUAAUCUGUUAUGACCCACACGUCAAAUGCCUUUGUAUAGUCAGUAAAACACAGAUAAACAUCCUUCCAGUAUUCUCUGCUCUCAGCCAGGAUCCAUUUUACAUCAGUAAUGAUAUCCCUGGUUCCACGUCCUCUUCUGAAACCGGCCUGAAUUUCUGGCAGUUCCCUGUCGAUAUACUGCUGCAGCCGCUUUUGAAUGAUCUGCAGCAAAAUUUUGCUUGCAUGUAAUAUUAAUGAUAUUUUUUGAUAAUUUCCGCAUUUGGUAGGAUCACGUUUCUUUAGGCAUAAAUAUGGAUCUCUUCCAGUUGGCUGGCCAGGUAGCUGUCUUCCAAACUUCUUGGCAUAGAUGAGUGAGCUCUUCAGCACUGCAUCCACCUGUUGAGACAUCUCAGUUGGUAUUCCAUCCGUUCCUGGAGCCUUGUUUCUCACCUGUGCUUUCAGUGCAGCAUGGAAUUCUUCCUUCAGUACCAUCGGUUCCUGAUCACACGUUAUGUUUGCACGUUGACCAAUUGUUAUAUUAAUAAUACUAUCAGGUUUUUUUUUUCUAAAUGUUCGUAAAUACUUUACUGUGUACUGGGUAUUAUGGGAGAUAUAUAUGUGUUUAAGACAUGAACUGUUCUUGCCCUCAAUAACUUAAUAGUAUAAAGAAGGUAAGAUAAAUACACAAAUUGAAUAGUAUGUGAUGAGUUUGUCAGAUACAGAAGUGCUGUGGACACUCUUUGGGAAGAAAGUUUACUUUUGGCUGAAGUGACUAGGAGAACUCUGAGAUGUUUGAUCUGAGUAUUAGGGGAUUGAUAGAAUUUCCUUGCUGAAAGUUUGGAGAAAAUCGUGAAAUCUACCUACAUCGGAAUGAGAAGAUCAGUUGAUUUCACCAUCACUGAAUCAUAUGAGGUUUCUUAGAAAAAAAAAUUGCCUGAAUAUAAUAUUUAAGCAGUUAGGAUAAAGGUGCCCUAGUGGUGUAAUGGUUAAGCGUUUGGUUGCUAACUGAAAGGUUGGUGGUUGGAACCUAUCCAGCCACUCCUCAGGAGAGAGACCUGGCAACCUGCCUCCCAUAAAGAUUGUUGUUGUUGUAUGCUGUCCAUUUGAUUCCGACUCAUAGUGACCCUAUAAGACACAGUAGAACUGCCCCGUCGGGUUUCCAAAGCUGUGAUCUUUACGAAGCAGACAGCCACAUCUUUCUCUUACAGAGCAGCUGGUGGGUUCUAACUGCUGACCUUUCUGUUAGCAGCUGAGAGCUUAACCACUGUGCCACUAGUGCUCAACCAUAAAGAUUACAACCAGGAAAAUCCUAUGGGGCACAUGGGGUUUCUAUGAGUUGGAAUUGGCUGGACAGCACCUAACAACAAGUAAGAUAAGGAAUAAAGUAAAACACUUAGAAAAAACAUACUUUAAAAUUUUUUUUUAUUGUGCUUAUAGGUCAAAGUAUAUAGCACAAAUUAAUUUCUUGCUCAAAAAAUUAUAUACAAAUUGUUUUGUGACAUUGGUUGCAAUUCCCACAAUGUGUCAGCACUCUCCCCCUUUCCCUUUACACCCUGGGCUCCCCGUGUCCAUUCAUCUAGUUUUCCUGUCCCUUUCUACCUUCUUGUCUUUGCUUUUGGGCAGGGGUUGCACACUUGGUCUGAUGUACUUGAUUGAACUAAGAAGCACUUUCCUCUCAUGUGUGUUAUUGUUUGUUUUAUAGGACUAUCUAAUCUUUGGCUGAAAGGUGGACUUCAGGAGUGGCUUCAGUUCUGAGUUGGCAGGGUGUGCGGGGCCCAUAAUCUUGGGGAUUCCUCCAGUCUCUGUCAGACCAAUAAGUUCUGCCCUCAAUAACUUAAUAGUAUAAAGUUAUAUACUUAAUAGUAUAAAGUGAUAGUAAAUUCAAUAGUGAAUUUGAAUUUUGUUCUACAUUUGUCUCCCACUCUAUCUGGGACCCUCUAUUGUGAUCCAUGUCAGAGUGGUUAGUGGUGGUACCUGGGUACCGUCUAGUUCUUCUGGGUUCAACCUGGUGUUGGCUGGGGUUUAUGUGGUCCAUUAAUCAUUUGGGCUGAUAUUUUUCCUUAUGUCUUUGGUUUUCUCCUUUGCUCUGGACAGGAUGGGACCAAUACAUGUAUCUUAGUUGGCUGCUCACAAGCUUUUAAGACUCCAGAUGUUACUCACCAAAGUAGGAUAUAGAACAUUUUCUUUAUGAACUAUACUGUGCUAGUUGGCCUAGGUAUCCCCCAAGACCAUGGUCCCAAGCACUCAGCCCCCAUAACUUGGUCCCUCAAGGUGUUUGGAUGUGUCUAGGAAGCUUCUGUGACUUUGCCUUGAUGAAGUUGUGCUGACUUCCCCUGUAUUGUGUGUUGUCUUUCCCUUCACCAAAGUUAACACUUGUCCACUAUCUAGUUAGUGAUUUCCUCAUCCUAGCCUUCCCUCUCUUGUAACCGUCAAAGAUUGGCUUUUUUCUGUGUGUAAGCUUUUUCUUGAGUUUUUAUAAUACUGAUUUCAUACAGUAUCUGUGUUUUUGUGAUUGACAUUUCACUCAGCACGAUGCCCUCCAGAUUCACCCAUGUUGCGAGAUGUUUCACGAUUCAUCAUUGUUCUUUAUAGUGGUAUAGUAUAAAAACCAUACUUUUGUCUUGAAGACUUUGUUCUUGUUUCUAAAGCAUUUUACAAGUUCACCAUAAAAAUUGUAUUAAAUAUGACUUCUCUAAUAUCUAUCCUUUUUAUAGGUAAUUUGAUUUGUGGGAUUAAUGACAGAUAUGUUUUAUAUAUUUCAUUUAAUUUGCCAUCUCUAGAAAUAAAUUACAUGAGUUAUCUCUUUGGUUGACAUGAAAAUUGAUUAUUGCUGUUUUAUUAUUUCUUAAGUCCCAAUGUCUAACAUAUUUCUUUAUCUCUGAAUAACACAGCAUUGAAAAAAUUAUCUUGACAUCUUGGAGUUCAGCAUUGCCGGGAGGUGGCUGUUAGUGGUAGGCUUAAAGAAAAGGCUGGAGGAAGAAAGUAAAGGAAAAUGUGGGUGAAUGGCAAAAUGAUAGGGGGGAAAGGGGAGAAAGAGAGUGAGGAAUUAAGAGAGUUUAUGUGUAAUCAGGCUAGGUCCCUGGGUUGUGCAAAUGAUUUGCUCUCUGCUAUCUGAAAGGUUGACAAUUACAACCUACCCACCCGCACCAUGGAACAAAGGCCUGGUGAUCACUUCUGUAAAGAUUAUAGCCAAGAAAACUCCAUGGAGCUCAGUUCUACUCUGACAUACAUGGGAAAAGUAGAAGGGGCACUUACAGUGUAGUUAAAUAGUUAUAGAACAUUGUUACAUAUUGUAUAAGGUUUUCAGCAAAUUUUAAUCUGUAAGCACGUGCACACAGUCAUGUAAUUGGUCUUCAGUAAACAUUUGUUGAGUGAAUGAGUGAACUUAGGUAAUAAGCAUGUUGUCAAAAAUUAUGUAAGUUAAUAGCAUAAUUUUUAUAAAAAGUAUCAGAAUAAACUUGAUGGCAACUUGUUUUAUGUGAUGGGGAAUUGUUUGGCCUCUGGCCAUUCUUUGUGGCAGAUGCCAUAUUGUACCUAGUCAAAUCUGAAGAAUUUUCUGAAAGCUAGUUCUCUGUCAAACAUAUAAAAAGAGCAGAAAAUCAAAUUUUGAGUUUGCUUUGGUUUUGUAAUAUUAAUGAAAAAUGGUGUCAUAACAGUUGUUUUUGUUCUCUGCCUUCUUUUCCACAGAGACCUAGAUUAAAAUGUGAGUCACCAGAGUCAACAGAUUCAGUGAUUGCUACCUUGGGUUACCACAUGGGUUGGCGUAAGUGUUUAUACUUUAAAGACCUGUAGGGAAGCCCAUCAAGACGUGCCUGCUGCUGAAAAUGGCAUGAAGGCCACCAAAACCUGAUAAGCACUUGUGUAGUUGGGGCAGGGUAGGUAAACGUUUUGCUGCAUUGCCUUUCUGAGAUGACAACACUAGCGACCUCUGUUCGUAGGUUGGAAUGCUUAUUUUGUUUCUCUGUUUAUGGACUUUAAUGCACUCUGAGUUUUCCCAGCCUAAUACUUUAUCAGAAACAUAAUACUUUUUAACAGUUGCUGGUCAGUGUUGAAAGAUCUGAAAUGGACCUUCAUGUUCUAGCGUUUCUUCUUCUACCCUGGUUGUUGACACCCACUUAGGGAAAGGUUUAAUAGUUGCUUUGCAUAUUCUGAUAUCAUCUGACGAAGCAUCAUUCCAGAAGAGUGACAAUCUCAUUCAGCAAGCACAAUUUUAAUGGAAGAAGACUAGUUGCAUUCCAAUACCUAAUUGUUAAUUCGGUGUUAUUUAACAUCAAGCAUGACUUAGGUAGUCACAUUUGCACUGCUUUCUUGAGUUUUGUUAAAGUUUAGAAAUGCUCUUAUGUCGCAUGCCGAGUUCAUUGAUUUUGGUCUUUUUUAUUUUUGUCUCAUCCUUCUAAGUAGCAGACAUAAGUACUGUGUCUAGCAUACAGGAUUUGAGUUAGGCUCUUUCAUUCCAUCAUCUGUUAUAAUUAAGGGUUUAAUUAAAAAAACUCCUAUUUUUAUUAAAAAAUUUAAAGAUGGCACAGUGGCUAAAUUAGUAAAUAGUGCUUUACCUUAUUGGAGUUAAAACUAAGUUUAAUUAUUAUUUUCUCAUCAUAACUUUUCUUUAUGAGAGUUCAACUCAACUUUCGUUGCAAUGAAAAGAAGCAUGUGUGUGAAGUGCAAUUUAGAAAUAAGUGUAUUGGCCAAUAACUCAUUCCCAGGUGCCUGAAAAAAAAAUAUAGAAGUGCUCCUGAAAUAAAUAGAUAGUAAAGUGGAUUUUUUAAAAGAUAAUUAAAUAUUAAGCAUAGUGUUAGAUUGAGGGAAAAGUUCUAGUAAUAUAAAAUUAGAGUAGAGAGAAUAAUUGCCUGGUGUCAGGAAAAUGGAAAGGGUAAGUGUAAAUGAAAUUAAUCCACGAUGUGAGUUACAUUUUGCAUUGUGUCGAUGGAUCUGUAGUGGUUGUUUUUGGGAAAGUGGACUUUCUUAGAACGCCCAUCACACUUGGUAUUAGUCUUCCUUGGUAGUCAGCAUUCCCUAGUGACUGUAUUGUAAUGUAAGCUGAGUCUUUUUUUUUCCUUCGUUUUCUUUGUUGUGCCUUAGGUGAAAGUUUACAGAGCAAAUUAAUUUCUCACUAAAUAAUUAAAACACAUAUUGUUUUUACAUUGGUUGCCAACCCUGUGACAUGUCAGCACUCUUCCCUUCUCGAACUCAGGCUCCCCGUUCCCAUUCAUCCAGCUUUCCUGUCCCCUCCUGCCUUCUCGUUCUUGCCCCUGGGCUGGUGUGCACAUUUAGCCUGGUGUACAUGGUUGAACUACAUGUGUUAUUGUUUGUUUUAUGGGCCUGUCUAAUAUUUGGCUGAAGGGUGAACUUCAGGAGUGACCUCAGUUACCAAGUUAAAAGGGUGUUUGGGGGCCAUACUUUCGGUGUUUGUAAGCUGAGCCUUGACUCAUCUUCUGAAACCUGGAUUUCUUUCUUUUCUUUUUUUUAAAUUUAGCAAGCAUUUAUUAAAUGUCUACUUUAUGUCCUGAAAAUAUUAAGAUCAUAAGAUACCAUUCCUCCUUUCGAGAAGCUCAUCAUCCUAGCCAUUGCUAAAUGUAAUGGCAUCUGUUUUGGGGUUUCAUUGACUUUAGCUCCUAGCCACAGAAUUUGAAAUUCCUUAUUAUCUAUCACACUUAUUCUUUCUCCUGCUUUCUUGGUUUAUAUGGGGCCUAAGGUAAAUACACACACCUCCUGACUCUUGGGUUGCUUUGCGGUUUUUCUUGCACCUGAGUUAGUCCUGUUUGUGGCUUGAUCUUUAGUUAGGAACCAAAGUGUAGACAAAACCAGGUAGGGAACGACUUUAAUGAGGGGUAUAGUAUUAAUAACAAAACUACAUUUUGGAGAAAGUGAUAUGAGUCCCCCUACUUAGCACUAAAGGAAUUAGAAAUUUAUUGAGUUUCCUAAAGAAAAAUUCAGCAUUGAUCAAAAGGAAUACCCCUUGACUACCUCUAAACACUAUUUUGGGGAGCACCGUGGCACAAUGGUUAAGUGCUUGGUGCCAAACAAAAGGUUGGCAGUUCAAGACUUGGUGAUCUGCUCCGUAAAGAUUACAGUUUAGGAAACCCUAUGGGGUAGUUCUGUUCUGUUCUGUCUUAUAGGGUUAUUGUUAUCAUUUGGAAUUGACUCAACACCACACAAUAACAUACACUAUUUUGUUACUCUGGUAUAUUUUACCUGUUUUGUAUUAAAAAAAAUUGCUUUUAGAAUGCUUGAGAAUGAGAUUGUCAUUCCCAUAUGAUAUAAUGAUACUUAUAAAAUGUAAUGUAGUCUUGAUCUUUUUCCCUGUUUUUAAAAAUUAUGAUUUUUGAUGAUUAAAAAUUUUGGUAUGUAAAUGUCCAGGAAUUCUUCUUGUAAUAUGUUGUUGUGUUAAUAAUACUGUAUUACAAAGCUUCCAGCCCAUGCUGUUUAGAAAAUAAAACAGUUUCCCUUUUCUUUUUUUAAAUCCAUUUAUUUGUUUUGUUUCUAAAUUCUCAAAGUUUGCUAAACUUUGCCAUGUCUCAAGAUUUGUUAGAGCUUUGUCAUAUUUGCAAUGUGAUAGAGCAGGGCAGAGGUCAUCGUUGUACAGGACAGACUAAGAUGAGUCCACACUUAGAAAUAGUUCUGCCUGUUAGAACUGAUUUAGCCUAAAUUACAGCUACUAAGCAGAAGUUCCCUUUGGUAGGCUGUGCUAGGGUAGAACAGCCAGAUGGUAAUCUGGUUAACCCACUGUUAGUGGUAAUUCAAGAUUCAACAUGGAAUCUGGAUUAGGAAGUUUUGUGUGUGCGUGUCUGUGUGUAAAUAAGCAAAUGGGUAAAUACAUACAUACAUGAUUACAUUUGUAUUAAUGUCAAUGGUCGCCAGAUAAUUCUGUUUUUGGAUACUGGGCUCUAGAUAAUGGCAUGAUACCAGUCUUGGGAUUGGGACUGAUAAUCCAAAGGUGAGGGCCCAGUCCUAGGAAGAAACAAGGCAGUGUGACCAGACUGGAAUGUCCAAAAGGAUCAAGACAGAAGCUUAGUUUUAAUAAUUGAAGUAUAAACAGGGUUAGGACUACAGAAGGGUAGGAGUAGAAACAGGAGUGGAAAUAGAGUGGAUUUCAGGAUAAACUAGAAACCCUAGUCACCUAACCCAAAAAAAAAAAGGUGGUAUUAAUUAGCAUUAAUAGUGAUUUGAUCCUGACUCCAAAAUGUGGGCUGAAGCUGCUUAAGCACCUCCUGUCACAAGUCCAUAUGUAUGAGUUAAGUUAUAAAUAACAGGAAAAGCGAGGUACACAAGAGCAGAAACAGGCUAGGCUUGACAUUCUUUUGUAUACUGUUAAGCGACUUUUAAGGGGAAAAAUAACUUUCCAUUGUUAGUCAGUAAUAAUUUAAUCUUUCGGCACUUGUAGGCCUCACGAGAUACAGAGAACUGCUGAUGCUUCCUAGUAACACCUUAACAGGGAGCUGCUGCUAAAAUGAACAAACUAAAGCUUUGGAGUGAAUAUGUUUUCUUGCGCAAAACAGGAGGAUAUGAAAAAGCUUGUUAGGGUUCUAAUGGCACAAUUCUGAAGGCAGAAGUACCCUGUGUUAGGAGUUUAGUUUCUGAGUGAGGUAAGAAGAAGCAAGGAAAAUGUGUAAUUAUGAUAAUAUCGAUGUUAAAAUAAGAAUCCUUCACGCCUUUCAUUUACUUUCUAGAAACCAUCAUAUUAGCAUUUUUUGGUCGCAGCCAACUGACACUCACUAGCUUAAAGGGUAGGGGGAUUUAUGGGACUCAUACUGAGAACUGAAUGAUGAACUGAAAAAGUCGGACUUGAACAGAAGAAAUCAGAGGACCUCCAGGAAUCUCUUCGUCAGGGGUUUUUAUACCUUUUUUUAUACCCUUGCCAUUAGUUGUGGUUCUAAAGAUUUAGUUUCUGCGUUACCUUUUCAGUUUUUAUAUUCCAACAAGAAAGGAUUAGAUUAACUUAGUUUGGGUCUGGUGUCUAUCUCUCCCAGAGCCACGGAUACAUGGUUCUGUGAUAAAGUCAUAAUCCCAGGGGGUUCACUUCUCUAUGCUGAAGACCAUUACCAGAGAAUGGGAAAAGCAAAAGCUGGACAGUUCUCUGGAAGGUGUGUAGAACAUCUCAGCCCCUUUCCCUUUCCUUUCCCUUGACUCCCCUCUCUACUUCCAUAAAGACAGAGAUAACCCUGCCAUCCUAUCUAUCCAUGCAAUUUUACCAGUGGGAGAAAACCCAGAUGCACCCAAAGGCAGUUCAUAGGGCUACUGACUCUGGUUCCAUUGUGAUUCUUUCUUGAUAUUCUAUAACCUGUGGACUAAAUAUAAAUUUAACUCCUGCCAACUUCCAAUCUAUAUCACUAGGGGAAAGGGAGAGGAAAUAAAAAGAAAAUGUAUUUAAAAGGGGUACUUCUUACAUACCAGUGACUUGUAAGAAAAUAAGUGGUGGCUACAAUCCUUAGUUUUGCAUCUACACACAAAGCCCUGACCUGUUUGACUUCUGAUUUCAUAUUUCUAUUCCUUUCUGCUAAUAUCUUGGCUCAUCAGGGUUCUAUUCCUAGCAAACUGUUCCAAGCUUUUAUUCCUGAAAAGGAGUACCUGGAAGUUCCAGCUUGACGGAAUCAUGAUAGUCUUCCACUGACCUUAACACUGUGCAUAGUACGUGCUACCAGAAGAUAUUCCAGGAGAUUCUCCUGAGUUCUCGUAGUUUUAGGAGGUGUAGCAGCAACCCUUUCCCCUUGAAGUCAAGGGCAGUGGCCCCCAACCAGUUCCCAGUUCCGUAGCCUUCAUCUUUGCUUGUUUUCUUACUGCCGUGAGGUAAUCAAACUGACAGUUUUCUAUAGAGUAGAACAGUUAUUAUGUCUCCUAGUAAAAUAUAUAAAGUAUAAUUAUAUAAUAUAAGGUAGUAUAGGCAGUCCUUAGGAAGGAGUUCUGUUCCUAAGUCUGCCUUUUAAGUCAGGUUUAUCCAUAAGUCAAAACAGUUAGGUAUGGUUUGUAUAUAACAUCAGUUAAUCAAAUGUUUGUCUUAGCAUAUAAUAUAGCCGAAUGUCUUAGUGUGUAAUGUAGAGUGUACCUUUUUAUGCAUAAAAAACAUUAAAGAAACACUUCCAGGUACACUAAAACAUCUUUAACCUAAUAAUGCAGUAAUAAUAAUAAUGUUUUGAUGUGCUUUGCAAAGUAGCACAUGUUUGUUAUUAUGAACCAUUGUUAUGUUCCUUCUCCACAUUUGAAGAGAUACCUACAGGGCAAACGUUACCCAAAGUACUCAGAAGAGUCUGUUCUGUAAAAUCCUUUAAACCAAUUAAAUACUUUAUUGUAGACUCUGAACUAAAAAAUCUACUUGUAUUUCUGCUGGGUUUUGAACCCUCCUCAGCAGAGCCAGAGAGGGUUGGGGGCCGUGGGUAGGAUGAUGCUGGAGGCAGACUGAUCAUUCUCCCAUCACCUCCUCACGAGACCUGUCAACCCCAGCCAUGCACCAGCUAUGAAGCUGCUGCCUUGGGGUGUGAGGGAAAAAAGUGCCACUCAGGAUGUGCUAAGAGCAACCCCUGGCCCAAGAGUUGGGAAAAAGAUGUUUAGGGAAACCCGAAUCAGAAGUUCUCCAUGGACCCCUGAAAACCAUGUGGACAUUACAGAGGUCAGGAGUCUAAGACUGCCCCCCUACAGGAUGGAGGGCCCAGCGGGAUGGGGUAGGGCAAAGCUGAGUAAGGGGGUACUUCAGAGGUCUGGCUGUGUGCCUAGUGCUGUGCUCUGAGUAGUCUUACUAAGAGAACACGAGGAGCCUGCUUCCUGGCCCCUGGCUGCCACCACCUGCAGGCCAGCCUUGCAGAGCAGAGCAGCAGUGCUUGGGGCAAGCAGACGGUGGGUCUGGCCCUUUCUGAGGGAGGUGUGUGCAUGUGGGCUCUCUGCUGAAGGCUGUGGCUGGGUGCACCAUAUUGCAGGGCCCCUCCUGCUGCCAGCAGCUGCCCAAGGACCCGCUGAGGCACUUGCACACGUGGGAAAGCUUGGCCUGAGGGAGCCCAGUUACCCAAACACAGAGUCAGUUUUUUCCUGAUAGGUUUUAUGGGGUUGAUUUACAACUACAGUAAGUCGGACGUCACCUGGGGAAUGCCUGUAUAUAAAAUAUGCAAUAAUAUAUAUAAAAUAUAAUGAACAUUCUUUCUUGGGUUCCAAAACUUCUAGAUUAGUAGAUUUUAAAGUUUUUAAGUGAAGAAGCAAAAAUUUAAAACCAGGUAAAAGACACCAUCUUCACUGUCGUUGCUUGGUUCCCAUAUCCAGUGUGUUCUGGAGUUGCAGACAUCAUAUGUUGGCGUCAGAGCCUAUUUUAUAUCCUACAGGACCCUGAUUUCAGGCUUCAGCUGGGGCAGCAGCGGGCAUAUCAAGCCUCAAGAAGGCUUUACCUCCUGUUACAUAGGGUCGCUUUGAGUGGGAAUUGACUUGAUGGCACACACAGCAACAGCAACAGAAGAACAAUGGCUUCUGAAUGAGAAGCUAUUUGGUAAGAUUAGUAAGGCCCCUGGGCAUUUACCCAUGGCCACUUGAAGUAAAUUCCUGAAUCAGCCGUGUAUGAUACCUUGGAGUUAUAUGAAGCAUUCACUUAUGAACAGUGGUGCUCUCAGAGGCAAAUUCAGGAUUGCUGCCUUUCUUACAGUGAGGACCAGCCGUCACUAUUUCUGUAGUGCAGAGAGCUUGAUGUAAUUUGCCUGGUAGGAAUUAGUUGGGGGAUUCUCCUAGGUAUGGUGUCCUAUGGGAGAUGUGGGCAGAUGGGUUCCCAGUAUAGUGAUGAGUCAGUCUUAGUGAGUCCAUGCGAUUGAGCCCCUGCAUAACUGCUUUUUAUGCACCCUGUUUGUUUUGUUUGUGAGCUGAAUCACCAGACUGGCUGGGGAAGAAUUAUUACUUGAUCUAUGAUGUGUAGGUCAUCUUAGCCACCUGAUUAUUAAGAGGCUUUGUAUUUUGAUUUGUUUGCUUUGGCAGUGGAAGAUUCUGGUGAACACAGAUAUGGGACAGGAAUUUGGUUUAGACUCUGGGCCUGUUGUGAGAGGUUGAUUUGAAGUUAGCCAUUCUCUGCUUCUCCCUAUCAUUUGUUCUCUCAUCUUUCAAGUUCAUUGAUCAUGCACAAAAAAGGAAAAAAUUGUAAACUUAGCAGCCUACUAUAGAAGCAACAAUAUCUUCUAAAAGUUCUCAAAACCUAAGCAAGGUUUUUAAGCCAAGGCAUGUAACUGUAUUUUUUUAUUGUCUUGGUUGGUUUAGAUCUUUUCCCUUUUUGACUUUGUUUUAUAGUUCUUGAACUAUAAAGGUUUCAUUUAAAAAUUUGCUUUUAUUUUGCUAUAUAGAAUGCUAAUAUGUCAUAUAUUGUGUGUAUGUGUGUUAAAGAGUGUAUGUGUCUAUAGAUACAUAUACAUGUAUCAUUUGAACGUAGAAAAUGUCUGAAAAGUAGCACGUCAGACUGUUAAUAAUGACUACAUUUGGGAAAUGGGAUAGGGGAUGAGAAAACGAGUUGGUAAUGUGAUGGAGAGCAGACUUUUGUUGUUUUACUUCAAAAACUUCUCCAUGAUACAUAUAUUUUUAAUUCUACUCAGUGUGUACUUUCAUUAAUAUGAAAAUGAUUUUUGUUUCAUAUAGUUAAAGUUAGCAGAGAGAAUAUCUAGAUCAUUAAGGGCUGAUAAACAGGGCUUAUAUGAAACUCUGUGCUGUCAACAAAAUAAUAUGUAGCAGGUUUUUUGUUUUGUUUUUUGACUUUUUUUUUUUUUAGCAUAUGUAAUUUUGACAAUCAGAUGCUUAUUGAAAGCCGGUGCAUGAGUUACAGUUUUUUUGUGUAAUUAUACUUAGGUUGAGCCUCUUUGCUUUCCCCAUCAACAUAAAGUUUCCAUUUAAGGCUCACUCCAUAAUUAACAAAAGCUAUAAUAUACCGUAAUCUGAAAUAUCUGUAAUUCAGAGGUCAUGUUGUAAUAAGGAAUUGCGGGUGGGAGACCUUCAACAUGUUAUUCUUCCUUGCUAAUUUUAGGUUUCAUGUCUGGGCAUCUGAUGGGACCCAGUGCUGUGGAGGGCUCAUAACCAGGAGCAUAAGGACUUCUUUUCUAGUUUUUUGUAUGUGCCCUCAGCUUGGCUGGGGGCCACAGGGAGGCAAGAGGGAGCAAACAAUUCUUGAACUCUAUUGGGUUUAUUUUUUGUAGUGAUAUGGACAAAACAUUCUGAAACAUUUUUAGAUGUACUAUGGAUAUUGAGUAAAUGUUUUGAUGUUGGAACCAUGGUUCUUACUGAGGAAGGAAGAAUAUACAAAUAUGGAAUGGGGGAAGACUGGAAAGAAUCUUGUGGAGAUUGGAAUCUUGAAAGUCUCAGUGUGAAUUCAUUAUUUUUAAAACAAGUAUAUAUGUACACAUGUAUAUGUGUGUAUAAAUGUAUAUGUGCAUACCAUUGUACGUAUAUGCAUAUAUAUGCACAUAUAUUUCCUGGCUCUGUCCAACAAAAAAGCUAAGAAGCAAAGACAUCCCAUUAGCAGUGAACAGACCUAACUCCCAAAUCUUGAUCUCUGAUACUGUUCCUUCCACUCAUAGGUACCAGGGCUCAUCAGAGAAAUGGCUAAUUCUAGGCCUGGGCAGGGUACAUACAACAUGAGCCUGGAACAUUAUUUUAUGCCAGAAAAUAAGAAAAUGUUUAAAAAAAAAAAAAAAGGGGAGCAUGUCACAAGAAAUCUGUUGGGGCUCCUGUUGGCCAAGUCUGACAAUUUGAACACUGAAACAGGUGUAAUAAUUAUGUACCAUUAAAAAUAGGAAUUCGUUACCUGUAAUUUUAAUAAACUUAUAAAUGAAUAAAUGAAGAAAAAGGGAGGGUUCUUCCUUACAGUAGAAUGCUGAGUUCUGGGGUUGGAAAGUUUUGCAACCAUCAUAUUAAAGAUUAGAUUGGGCGAGAAUCUUAACAAAAUUUGGGGGAAAUAUCCAUGAGGAACAGGAUAUUUCCAUGGCCUUAAAGUGUCUCCCCAAAGACUGCAUUUUAGUUGCAAGGGAAAAAAUAAUAGGUUUCUAUGAGUCAGAAUCCACUCGAUGGCAGUGGGAUAUGUUGGAAAAAUCUGACAACAGUAUAGUGCAGAUGGAUACCGUGUGACUCCAUAUAGGACACCCUGAAGAGAUGCCUCAUUACCUGUGUUAUGUUCUGGCUAAGAAUGCAUAACCUGAAUCUAAUCAUGAGGAAACAUCAGACAAACCAAAAUGAGAAAGGUUCUAUUAAAAAGAAAGGGGGAGGAACUGUAUUUUUGCAAAAAUGUCAAUGUCAUAAAAGAUAAAAGCUGUGGAAUUAAAGGAGGCAAAAGAGAGCUGACCACUAAAUGCAGUACCUGACCCUAGACUAGAUCCUGUACUGAAUAGGGAAGAAAAUGAUAUAAAGGAUAUUAUUGGAUCAGUUGGAAAAAAAAAAAAUUGGAAGAUGGACCACAGAUUAGAUAAAAAUAUUGUGACAAUGUUAAAUUUACUGAAAUUAACAACUGUGCUGUGGUUAUAAAGAGAAUAUCUCUACUUUUAGGAAAUACACAUUGAAGUAAGGAGCAAAGGGCCACGAUGUACAGUUUAUCCUCAUGGAUUCAGAAAAGAGUUGUGUGUGUGUAAAGGAGACUGAGAAAGAGCACGUGAGCACAUGAUAAAGGAGUUGGAGCCCAGAUACCAAGUCUUGUGUAAAUUACCAUCAGGGGAAUGGGCCCUAUUGUGCUCACUCACUCAGAACCUGUAAUCCGAGGAAUGUCCUAAAGGUUUCUGUGCUGGCAUUGACUCCUUAGAGAAGUGUUCCUUGACCGUGCGGCCUAAACAGCAACACUGAAAAGACCUGCCAACCUCUGCUCUAGAACACACAUUCUCUAUGCCAGUUCAAGAAGCAGCCUGUACUACUGCUUACUGUGCAACCAUGCUGCAAGUAUUAGGCCAGCCAGCCAAAUGGAUGUAUCGUGCUCCACCUCCCAGCCACUUCAAGGGAUUAGAAGUGUUUAUCACCAACCAGCCAAGAUGAACAUGGUGAAAAGGAUCAUGGGACGGCCGAGGCAGGAGGAGUGCAGCCCACAAGACAACGCCUUAGGACUGAUGCACCUCCGCCGGCUCUUCACUGAGUUGUGCCAUCCUCCCCGGCACAUGACUCAGAAGGAACAAGAAGAGAAACUGUACAUGAUGCUGCCAGUGUUUAACAGGGUUUUUGGAAAUGCUCCGCCAAAUACAAUGACAGAAAAAUUUUCUGAUCUUCUGCAGUUCACAACACAAGUCUCACGACUGAUGGUGACAGAAAUUCGAAGGAGAGCAUCAAACAAAUCCACAGAAGAACAGUGUGCCCUGCCGUCCUCCAAGGAUUUCAAAGCCACAACACCUUCAGAAGCUGCAAGUCGGGCCAUAGUCCAGUUCCUGGAAAUCAAUCAGAGUGAGGAAGCCAGUCGAGGCUGGAUGCUUCUGACAACUAUUAAUUUGUUAGCCUCCUCUGGUCAGAAAACCGUGGACUGCAUGACAACGAUGUCAGUGCCUUCCACCCUGGUUAAAUGUUUGUAUCUGUUUUUUGACCUUCCACACGUGCCUGAGGCAGUUGGAGGUGCACAGAAUGAGCUACCUCUAGCAGAACGUCGAGGACUACUCCAGAAAGUUUUUGUACAGAUCUUAGUGAAACUCUGCAGUUUUGUUUCUCCGGCGGAGGAGCUGGCUCAGAAAGACGAUCUUCAGCUUUUAUUCAGUGCAAUAACCUCUUGGUGCCCUCCCUAUAACCUGCCUUGGAGGAAGAGUGCUGGAGAAGUACUUAUGACCAUAUCCCGUCAUGGUCUUAGUGUCAAUGUAGUGAAGUAUAUUCACGAAAAAGAAUGUUUAUCUACAUGUGUACAGAAUAUGCAGCAAUCAGAUGACCUGUCUCCCCUAGAAAUUGUUGAAAUGUUUGCUGGGCUUUCCUGUUUCCUCAAAGAUUCCAGUGAUGUUUCUCAAACGCUAUUGGAUGAUUUUCGGAUAUGGCAAGGAUAUAAUUUCCUUUGUGAUCUCUUGCUUAGAUUGGAACAAGCAAAAGAAGCUGAAUCCAGGGAUGCCUUGAAAGAUCUGGUCAAUCUGAUAACUUCCCUCACAACCUAUGGUGUCAGUGAACUAAAACCAGCUGGUAUUACCACAGGGGCACCCUUUUUAUUGCCUGGAUUUGCAGUGCCCCAGCCUACAGGCAAAGGUCACAGUGUGAGAAACGUCCAGGCCUUUGCAGUUCUUCAGAAUGCAUUUUUAAAAGCAAAAACCAAUUUCCUUGCCCAAAUCAUCCUUGAUGCUAUCACAAAUAUUUACAUGGCUGACAAUGCCAACUAUUUCAUCCUGGAGCCACAGCACACACUGUCACAGUUUGCAGAGAAGAUUUCUAAACUCCCAGAAGUACAAAACAAAUACUUUGAGAUGCUGGAGUUUAUUGUUUUUAGCUUAAAUUAUAUCCCUUGUAAAGAACUUAUUAGCGUUAGCAUCCUCUUAAAAUCUAGCUCUUCUUACCACUGUAGCAUUAUUGCAAUGAAAACACUUCUUAAGUUUACACGACAUGACUACAUAUUUAAAGAUGUGUUCAGGGAGGUGGGCCUUCUUGAGGUCAUGGUCAACCUUCUGCAUAAAUACGCGGCUCUCUUGAAGGAUCCAACUCAGGCACUCAGUGAACAAGGGGACUCAAGAAAUAAUAGUUCGGUUGAAGACCAAAAGCACCUGGCUUUGUUGGUUAUGGAGACCUUGACAUUGCUUCUUCAAGGAUCAAACACAAAUGCAGGAAUCUUCCGCGAGUUUGGAGGUGCGCGAUGUGCGCACAACAUAGUGAAGUACCCUCAGUGCCGGCAGCACGCCCUGAUGAUUAUCCAGCAGCUGGUGCUCUCUCCAAAUGGCGACGAUGACAUGGGCACUCUCCUGGGGCUAAUGCAUUCAGCCCCACCAACGGAACUGCAGUUGAAGACUGACAUUUUAAGGGCUCUCCUGUUAGUCCUUCGAGAAAGCCAUCGCUCAAGAACAGUUUUUAGAAAAGUUGGAGGAUUUGUGUACAUUACAUCCUUGCUUGUUGCUAUGGAACGAUCUUUGAGUUCUCCACCCAAGAAUGGCUGGGAGAAAGUAAACCAGAAUCAAGUGUUUGAACUUCUCCACACUGUGUUCUGCACGCUGACUGCAGCAAUGCGCUAUGAGCCAGCCAACUCACAUUUCUUCAAAACUGAGAUUCAGUAUGAGAAAUUGGCAGAUGCUGUUCGAUUUCUUGGCUGCUUCUCAGACUUAAGAAAAAUUAGCCCCAUGAAUGUCUUCCCCUCAAAUACACAGCCAUUUCAAAGACUUCUAGAGGAAGACGUGCUCUCUAUGGACUCAGUGUCGCCCACUUUACAGCACUGCAGUAAACUCUUUAUUUAUCUCUACAAAGUAGCCACAGAUUCUUUUGACAGUCGUGCAGAACAGAUCCCUCCUUGCCUGACAAGUGAGUCUUCUCUCCCCUCUCCUUGGGGUACACCAGCUUUGUCCAGGAAAAGGCAUGCAUAUCACUCUGUUUCAACUCCCCCUGUUUACACUCCUAAAAAUGUUGCUGACCUGAAGCUACAUGUGGCAGCUUCAUCUCUCCAGAGUUCUGACGCCGUCGUCAUCCAUCCUGGGGCCAUGCUUGCUAUCCUGGACCUCCUGGCCUCUGUUGGGUCAGUGACACAGCCAGAACAUGCUUUGGACCUUCAACUUGCUGUGGCAAAUAUUUUACAAUCCCUGGUGCACACAGAAAGAAACCAGCAAGUCAUGUGCGAAGCUGGUCUUCAUGCACGACUACUGCAGAGAUGCAGUGCCGCCCUGGCGGAUGAGGACCACGCGCUGCACCCGCCCCUCCAGCGCAUGUUUGAGCGAUUAGCCUCUCAGGCCCUGGAGCCCAUGGUGCUGAGGGAGUUUUUGCGUUUGGCAAGUCCUUUAAAUUGUGGUGCCUGGGACAAAAAACUGUUAAAACAAUAUAGGGUCCACAAACCAAGUUCACUGAGUUACGAGCCAGACAUGAGAAGUAGUAUGAUCACAUCUAUGGAAGGUCUGGGUUCCGAUAAUGUUUUCAGCUUACAUGAAGAUAACCAUUACCGAAUAAGCAAGAGCCUGGUAAAAUCUGCAGAAGGAAGUACUGUUCCCCUGACCAGGGUAAAAUGUCUGGUCUCCAUGACAACCCCACAUGACAUCAGACUUCAUGGGUCAUCAGUUACUCCUGCUUUUGUUGAAUUUGACACAUCCCUUGAAGGGUUUGGCUGCCUGUUUCUGCCCAGUUUGGCCCCUCAUAAUGCCCCUACAAAUAAUGCUGUGACAACAGGUCUUACUGAUGGGGCUGUGGUCAGCGGCAUUGGUUCCGGUGAAAGAUUUUUCCCCCCUCCCUCUGGCUUAAGCUAUUCCAGCUGGUUUUGUAUUGAACACUUUAGUUCUCCUCCAAAUAACCACCCCGUCAGACUCCUCACUGUUGUGCGCCGAGCCAAUUCUUCUGAGCAGCAUUAUGUGUGCCUUGCCAUAGUUCUGUCAGCAAAAGACCGGUCUCUGAUUGUCUCCACUAAAGAGGAACUACUGCAAAACUAUGUUGAUGAUUUUAGUGAAGAAUCCUCUUUUUACGAGAUCCUCCCGUGCUGUGCGCGCUUCCGAUGCGGAGAGCUUAUCGUUGAGGGGCAGUGGCAUCAUCUGGUUCUGGUGAUGAGCAAAGGUAUGCUGAAAAACAGCACAGCAGCCCUCUACAUUGAUGGACAGCUUGUUAACACUGUGAAGCUUCAUUAUGUUCACAGUACUCCUGGGGGUUCAGGUUCUGCAAACCCACCAGUUGUGAGCACAGUCUAUGCCUACAUGGGUACUCCACCUGCCCAACGCCAGAUUGCUUCAUUGGUUUGGCGCCUGGGACCCACACAUUUUCUUGAAGAAGUUUUACCUCCUUCAAAUGUUACCACCAUUUAUGAACUAGGACCAAAUUACGUUGGAAGCUUCCAGGCCGUCUGUAUGCCAUGUAAAGAUGCAAAAUCCGAAGGUGUGAUCCCAUCUCCUGUGUCUUUGGUACCAGAGGAAAAGGUAUCACUUGGCCUCUAUGCACUGUCUGUGUAUUCCCUAACAGUAGCGAGAAUCCGGAAAGUGUACAACAAGCUGGACAGCAAAGCCAUCGCUAAACAGUUAGGCAUCUCCUCCCAUGAGAACGCCACUCCUGUGAAGUUGAUACACAAUUCAGCAGGGCAUCUUAAUGGGCCUGCGCGGACAAUUGGAGCUACCCUGAUUGGAUACUUGGGAGUAAGAACAUUUGUCCCUAAGCCUGUUGCCACUACUUUGCAGUACAUUGGUGGAGCUGCAGCCAUCCUGGGCCUGGUGGCCAUGGCCUCUGAUGUGGAAGGGUUAUAUGCAGCGGUCAAGGCCCUGGUUUGUGUAGUCAAGAGUAACCCACUAGCCAGCAAAGAAAUGGAAAGAAUCAAGGGCUACCAGUCGCUGGCAAUGCUGCUUAAGAAGAAACGUUCCCUCCUUAACAGCCACAUCCUCCAUCUAACUUUUUCCUUGGUGGGAACUGUUGAUAGUGGACAUGAGACCUCCAUUAUUCCAAAUUCAACUGCUUUCCAGGACCUCCUUUGUGAUUUUGAAGUCUGGCUCCAUGCGCCAUAUGAGCUUCAUCUUUCUUUAUUUGAACACUUUAUUGAACUACUCACAGAGUCCAGUGAAGCUUCAAAGAAUGCCAAAUUAAUGAGGGAGUUCCAGCUAAUCCCAAAGCUGCUGCUGACUCUUCGAGAUAUGUCUUUAUCCCAGCCCACCAUUGCUGCGAUCAGUAACGUGCUGAGCUUCUUACUGCAAGGGUUUCCCAGCACCAAUGACCUGCUCAGGUUUGGACAGUUUAUUUCUUCUACUUUGCCAACUUUUGCAGUUUGUGAGAAAUUUGUAGUUAUGGAAAUCAACCAUGAAGAGAAGCUUGACACUGGGACUGAGGAGGAGUUCGGAGGUCUUGUAUCUGCUAAUCUUAUCCUUUUGAGGAACAGACUUCUAGAUAUCUUGCUAAAACUAGUUUAUACAUCUAAAGAAAAGACAAGCAUUAAUUUGCAAGCUUGCGAAGAACUGGUCAGGACACUGGGUUUUGACUGGAUUAUGAUGUUCAUGGAAGAACACUUGCAUUCCACCACAGUUACCGCAGCCAUGAGGAUUCUCGUUGUCCUGCUGAGUAAUCAGUCUAUUCUCAUCAAGUUUAAAGAAGGACUCAAUGGAGGAGGGUGGCUCGAACAGACAGAUUCUGUCUUAACUAAUAAGAUUGGAACGGUAUUAGGAUUCAAUGUGGGCCGGAGUGCCGGUGGGAGAUCAACGGUCAGGGAGAUUAACCGGGAUGCUUGUCAUUUUCCUGGUUUUCCAGUUCUUCAGUCAUUCCUUCCUAAACACACUAAUGUCCCUGCUCUCUAUUUUCUCCUCAUGGCAUUGUUUCUGCAGCAGCCAGUUAGUGAGCUGCCUGAGAACCUGCAGGUCAGUGUGCCUGUCAUCAGCGGCCGAUGUAAGCAGGGUGGCCAGUUUGAUUUAGACUCCAUUUGGACAUUUAUCUUUGGAGUUCCUGCCUCCAGUGGGACCGUGGUCUCUUCUAUACACAACGUGUGCACAGAAGCUGCUUUUUUAUUAUUGGGAAUGCUUCGCAGCAUGCUGAAUUCACCUUGGCAAUCAGAAGAAGAGGGAUCUUGGCUCCGGGAAUAUCCUGUGACCCUGAUGCAGUUCUUUAGAUACUUGUAUCACAACGUUCCAGACCUGGCCUCCAUGUGGAUGAGCCCUGACUUCCUGUGUGCAUUAGCAGCCACAGUCUUCCCCUUCAACAUUCGCCCUUACUCAGAGAUGGUGACUGAUCUUGAUGAUGAAGUGGGAUCUCCAGCUGAAGAGUUUAAAGCCUUUGUAGCAGACACAGGAAUGAACAGAAGCCAAUCAGAGUACUGCAAUGUGGGCACAAAGACAUAUCUGACCAAUCACCCAGCUAAAAAGUUUGUUUUUGACUUCAUGCGGGUUUUAAUAAUAGACAAUCUCUGUCUUACCCCAGCCAGCAAGCAAACGCCACUAAUUGAUCUCUUGUUAGAGGCUUCCCCUGAAAGAUCUACAAGAACUCAGCAGAAAGAAUUUCAGACCUACAUUUUGGAUAGCGUGAUGGACCAUUUACUUGCAGCUGAUGUGUUAUUGGGGGAAGAUGCAUCUCUGCCUAUUACCAGUGGAGGAAGCUACCAGGUAUUGGUGAACAAUGUGUUUUAUUUCACACAACGUGUGGUGGACAAGCUUUGGCAAGGCAUGUUCAACAAAGAAUCUAAACUUCUUAUAGAUUUUAUAAUUCAACUAAUCGCACAGUCAAAGCGAAGAUCCCAGGGCUUGUCACUGGAUGCAGUUUAUCACUGCCUGAAUAGGACCAUCCUGUACCAGUUCUCCCGGGCACACAAAACUGUUCCUCAGCAAGUGGCUCUCCUUGAUGCACUCAGGGUCCUCACUGUGAACAGGACCUUGAUCCUGGGGCCUGGGAACCAUGACCAGGAAUUCAUCAGCUGUCUGGCUCACUGCUUGAUUAAUCUGCACGUUGGAAGUAAUGUGGAUGGAUUUGGACUGGAAGCAGAAGCCCGGAUGACUACAUGGCACAUUAUGAUUCCCUCUGACAUUGAACCAGAUGGUGGUUAUAGCCAAGAUAUCAGCGAAGGGCGUCAGCUUCUCAUAAAAGCUGUCAACAGAGUUUGGACUGAACUGAUACAUAGUAAGAAACAAACCUUGGAGGAGCUUUUCAAAGUCACUCUACCUGUGAAUGAAAGGGGCCAUGUGGACAUAGCCGUAGCAAGGCCGCUCAUUGAAGAGGCUAGUUUGAAGUGCUGGCAGAAUCAUUUGGCCCACGAAAAGAAAUGCAUAAGUCGAGGAGAAGCUUUAGUGCCCACCACCCAAUCCAAAUUGUCCCGUGUCAGCAGUGGCUUUGGUCUUUCCAAGUUAACCGGAUCAAGACGGAAUCGGAAGGAGAGUGGUCUUAGUAAGCACAGUCUUUCCACCCAGGAGAUUUCACAGUGGAUGUUUACACAUGUUGCUGUUGUUCGUGACCUAGUCGACACACAGUAUAAGGAAUAUCAAGAGCGUCAGCAAAAUGCCCUGAAAUACGUGACAGAGGAGUGGUGUCAAAUCGAAUAUGAACUGCUGCGCGAGCGAGGCUUGUGGGGUCCGCCCAUUGGCUCCCAUCUAGACAAAUGGAUGUUGGAGAUGACGGAAGGGCCCUGCAGAAUGAGGAAAAAAAUGGUCCGAAAUGAUAUGUUUUAUAACCAUUACCCUUAUGUGCCAGAGGCGGAACAAGAGACAAAUGUGACGUCUGAGAUCCCAAGUAAACAGCCUGAGGCACCUGACGAUAUCAUUCCUCAAAAGAAACCUGCUCGAUACAGGAGAGCUGUAAGUUACGACAGUAAAGAAUACUACAUGCGACUAGCCUCUGGCAAUCCAGCCAUUGUCCAAGAUACCAUUGUGGAGAGUUCCGAAGGUGAAGCCACUCAGCAAGAACCAGAGCAUGGUGAAGACACGAUUGCUAAAGUCAAAGGUCUGGUUAAGCCCCCUUUGAAACGGUCUCGAUCUGCACCUGAUGGAGGAGAUGAGGAGAACCAAGAGCAGCUACAAGACCAGAUUGCUGAGGGCGGCUCUAUAGAAGAAGAGGAGAAAACAGACAAUGCAACCUUACUGCGCCUAUUAGAGGAAGGAGAAAAGAUCCAACACAUGUACCGCUGUGCUCGAGUCCAGGGCCUAGAUACCAGUGAGGGGCUACUUCUUUUUGGUAAAGAACAUUUUUAUGUGAUUGAUGGAUUUACAAUGACAGCGACCAGGGAAAUAAGAGAUAUUGAAACCUUACCUCCAAAUAUGCACGAGCCAAUUAUCCCUCGAGGAGCCAGGCAAGGCCCCAGCCAACUCAAGAGAACCUGCAGCAUUUUUGCAUAUGAAGAUAUAAAGGAAGUACAUAAAAGGAGAUACCUCUUGCAGCCUAUUGCCGUGGAAGUUUUCUCUGGAGAUGGACGGAAUUAUCUCCUUGCCUUCCAGAAAGGAAUUAGAAACAAAGUCUACCAAAGGUUUUUGGCUGUCGUGCCAUCUUUAACUGACAGUUCAGAGUCUGUGUCUGGACAAAGACCGAACACAAGUGUGGAGCAGGGAUCUGGGUUGCUUAGUACUUUGGUUGGAGAGAAGUCUGUAACUCAGAGAUGGGAGAGAGGUGAAAUCAGCAACUUCCAGUAUUUGAUGCACUUGAACACUUUGGCUGGCAGAUCAUAUAAUGAUCUCAUGCAGUAUCCUGUCUUUCCCUGGAUCCUUGCAGAUUACGACUCAGAGGAGGUAGAUCUUACGAAUCCCAAGACGUUUAGAAACCUGGCUAAGCCAAUGGGAGCACAGACAGAUGAACGAUUAGCUCAAUAUAAAAAGCGGUUUAAAGACUGGGAAGAUCCUAAUGGAGAAACCCCAGCCUACCACUAUGGGACCCACUAUUCAUCUGCAAUGAUUGUGGCCUCAUACCUUGUAAGAAUGGAGCCUUUCACACAGAUAUUCUUACGGCUACAGGGCGGCCACUUUGACCUGGCUGACCGGAUGUUUCACAGUGUGCGUGAGGCCUGGUAUUCAGCAUCGAAGCACAACAUGGCAGACGUGAAAGAACUGAUCCCAGAAUUUUUUUACUUACCAGAAUUCCUGUUCAAUUCCAACAACUUUGAUCUAGGCUGUAAACAAAAUGGCACCAAGCUUGGAGAUGUAAUUCUUCCACCCUGGGCAAAAGGGGACCCACGAGAAUUCAUCAGAGUCCACCGUGAGGCUUUGGAAUGUGAUUAUGUGAGUGCCCAUCUGCACGAGUGGAUUGACUUAAUCUUUGGCUAUAAACAGCAAGGCCCUGCUGCAGUAGAAGCUGUAAACGUCUUCCAUCAUCUUUUUUAUGAGGGUCAAGUGGAUAUCUACAACAUAAAUGACCCAUUAAAAGAGACAGCUACCAUUGGGUUCAUUAAUAACUUCGGUCAGAUCCCAAAACAGUUAUUUAAAAAACCUCAUCCACCAAAGCGAGUCAGGAGUCGACUAAAUGGAGACAAUGCUGGGAUCUGUCUCCCACCGGGAUCUACAAGUGACAAGAUCUUUUUCCAUCAUCUAGACAACUUGAGGCCUUCCCUCACACCUGUAAAAGAACUCAAAGAGCCUGUGGGACAAAUAGUGUGCACAGAUAAAGGCAUUCUUGCAGUAGAACAGAAUAAGGUCCUUAUCCCCCCAGCCUGGAACAAAACUUUUGCUUGGGGCUACGCAGACCUCAGCUGCAGGCUGGGAACCUAUGAGUCAGACAAGGCAAUGACAGUUUAUGAAUGUUUGUCUGAGUGGGGCCAGAUUCUCUGUGCAAUCUGCCCCAACCCCAAGCUGGUCAUCACAGGUGGAACGAGCACAGUUGUCUGUGUAUGGGAGAUGGGUACCUCAAAAGAAAAAGCUAAGACUCUCACCCUCAAACAGGCCUUGCUUGGUCACACAGAUACUGUCACCUGCGCCACAGCAUCGCUAGCCUACCACAUAAUCGUGAGUGGGUCCCGAGACCGAACCUGCAUCAUUUGGGAUUUGAACAAACUGUCCUUUCUAACCCAGCUCCGAGGCCAUCGAGCUGCUGUUUCUGCCCUCUGUAUCAAUGAACUAACAGGGGACAUUGUGUCCUGUGCUGGCACAUACAUCCACGUGUGGAGCAUUAACGGGAACCCUAUUGUGAGUGUGAACACAUUCACAGGUAGGAGCCAGCAGAUUGUCUGCUGCUGCGUGUCAGAGAUGAACGAAUGGGACACGCAGAAUGUCAUAGUCACGGGACACUCGGAUGGAGUGGUUCGGUUUUGGAGAAUGGAGUUCUUACAAGUUCCUGAAACACCAGCUCCUGAGCCUGUUGAAGUCCUAGAAAUGCAGGAAGAAUGUCCAGAAGCACAAAUAGGGCAGGAAGCCCAAGACGAAGACAGUAGCGAUUCGGAAGCAGAGGAGCAGAGUGUCAGCCAGGACCCCAAGGAGCCACCCAGCCAGCCCAGCAGCACCAUCCACAGGCCCAGGACAGCCUCCUGCCAAGCUACAGCCACCUGGUUUAUAGACAGCGUCUCUGAUGACACCAGGCGCUGGUCUGAUCAGCUCAGCCUAGAUGAGAAAGACGGCUUCAUAUUUGUGAACUACUCAGAGGGCCAGACCAGAGCCCAUCUGCAGGGUCCCCUCAACCACCCCCACUCCAAUCCUAUUGAAGUGCGGAAUUAUAGCAGAUUGAAACCUGGGUACAGGUGGGAGCGGCAGCUGGUGUUCAGGAGCAAGCUCACUAUGCACACAGCCUUUGAUCGAAAGGACAACGCACAUCCUGCUGAGAUCACCGCCUUAGGCAUCUCCAAGGAUCACAGCAGGAUCCUCGUCGGGGAUAGUCGAGGCCGAGUUUUCAGCUGGUCUGUGAGUGACCAGCCAGGCCGUUCUGCUGCUGACCACUGGGUGAAGGAUGAAGGAGGGGACAGCUGUUCGGGCUGCUCGGUGCGGUUUUCUCUCACAGAAAGACGACACCAUUGUAGGAACUGCGGUCAGCUCUUCUGCCAGAAGUGCAGUCGAUUUCAGUCAGAAAUCAAACGCUUGAAAAUCUCGUCUCCAGUGCGUGUUUGUCAGAACUGUUACUACAACUUACAGCAUGAGAGAGGUUCAGAGGAUGGGCCCCGAAAUUGUUGAAGAUUCAACAAGCCGAGUGGAGACCAUGGUCUGUAGGACCCCUUUGCAAUUCCCCUGUCCCAGCCCGCAGCUCUCGGGAGGCACUGAAGCAGUCUCCGUUUACACAUCUCUUCAUACCGUGUGUUUGAAGUGCUGAAUUCAAAGGGAUCAUUGAAGAAACGGGUGUAGAGUACAGUAACGGGGCAAACGCUAUUCAGGUGGACAGCCCAAGAAGAAUAUGAGGUGGCUCCCAGGAGCAUCAUUUUCGAUAUUCCCUUCUCCGUGUUCACGAUAGCUGUCGAGAGAGGUACGCGAAAUUCUCCCUUCCUGUCUUUUCUUGCGUCUCAUUUUUGUAGAGCAACUCAUCCUUAUUUGGAAAAGCCAACAACACCACCAACAAAAAGGCUUUUAGAAGAUGGUUGUAAAUCUGACUUCUUUGCAAGUAACUGUAUAUUGUAAAUAGAUACAAAGGCCUUUUUUUUUCUAAAUAAGGACUUAUGCCUGUAACAUGAGGCUUCAAACUAAACCACUAACUCAAUGAGCUACUUACGGUUUGUCUGACAUCUCUCAUUUACCGAUUAAUUAUAAAUAUGUUUUUUUAAAUCCUCGAAGACAUUAUCUGUGGUCUUUUUUUUCCUUUCAAACCCAGCCUGUGUGCCUGAUGUCCUUUCUUUCAAGUUGCCCGCAGUAUCUCCACUCCAACUAGGCUAGUAACCAAAAUAAAGUGGACCUUCUUUAGGAAACAGUGUGGGAGAAGAGGAUUCCAGCUGUAAGAUAACCUGGCAAUCUUUGGGCGUUUUGCACCUGGCUACACACCACCUCAGUGAUGUUCUUAUGUAAUAAGGCCCCUCUUAAACUUUAUAUGUAGACUGCUGUUUGGUCGUAGCAUACCUUUGCAUUGCAUAAAAGACGGUCAGUUGACCGACAUAGUACAGGAACCAGUCCUGCCUCAACUAAUGGAAACGUACGUGCAUGUAACCUGAAAUUAGCUCCUCUUACAUAGAACAUAGUAAGUAUGUGUCUUUGGUGACACUCAUGUUCUACUAUAGCUUAUUUUCAAAACAAAGGGUAAAAAAAGAAAAAAAGUGUACAGAAUUAACCUGUAAACCUUGUUGUAAAACUGGAUCAUGUCAGAACUGCUUAAGAUUAACCUUUAUCAUUAAUGCCAUCUACCUGAAAACAGUGAGAUUUAUACUGUAUCAAUGUCUAUAUUUCUGUUUUUGCUAUGAAUAUAAUUACAGUAUUUUAAUAUUUAGUUAUUUAAUUUGUUCUACUGGUUGGAUACAGAACACACAAAUCUGGGGGAUUAAAGCUGGUGAGGCUAAGAGAUAAGCUUAGUUUACAGGAAAAAGGCUUUGGUGGUGGGAUUUUUUUAAAUGUGUGUUAUGUACAUAUAUAUAUAAAACAAAUGAAACAAUCUAGAUUUUAACAUUUUCAGGUAUUUUAGUGAUAAUAUUAUGAACAAUUCUAAAAGCCCUGUGAUUUGAAAAAUGUAGGAUCAUUACUGGCCCGAGAAAGGAAGGACAGGCCUUCAUGCCCUCAUGGAGUAUCACACAAAGGACAGUGGCUUUGGCUUUCCCGACGUUUCAUCUUUAGGCCCUGGUGACAGGCACACUUAUGCACUAAAAUGCACAUAUAUGCACAUGCGUUCAAAAAUAGGCAUUUGGUACAAUAAUAAUCUGUACCUAAUGGGCUGAAACCAGCUUAAGAACAAAUUUGUUCUUCCUGAUAACUAGGUCUCCAAGAGAAAAUAUAAAGGCUGUAUUAGUGCCUUAUGCUUACUAAAUUUAAAUCUUUAUUUACCUAGGUUUGAGCCUACAGUCUAUGAUUACAUAUCAAAAUUGAUUAAAACACUUCCAUUUCUAAAAGUUCAAAUAUACUCGUUAAUAAAAGGAUUAUUGGCAUUAAUACUUCAACUUGAAGAAAA